GCAUACCAUGAUUUGGAGUAUGGGAGGUGAAGGUAAUAUCAAACACUUUUUCUAUUUCUAGCUUGCAGUUACUUAUGUUUCAUACAUUUAAGUUGUCAAUUUACUCUCUUACCUUACUCCUCCUGUGCACAAAUUGAGUUUUAUUCAAGCACUAAAUUCAUGGCACUCUAAAUGAGAAGUUAUUAAAUCACAAAAAUCUCAAUUUGAGUCAUAUUCUUAGUACUCAUGAAAUUUGAGAAAUGCCACAUGCAUAGAUGGUGGUGGCAGGGGGACAGUGUUGUAUCCAACCUCCCCUCCCUCCUAUGUUACCUCAUUGGCUCUGUGGACUGUGAAGUUGAGUACUAUGUACAGUACUAACCUUUGGUGUUUGCUUUGAUGGAGUUUAUUUGCACAGCAAUUAAGAGGGCCUUUAUCUGUUGUAAAUUCAUGUCAAAGAACAAAGUAGACUGAUAUCGAUACAGUUAGAAUUAGGGUUAGUGCUAUUAAUAUUGGUGUCUUUGGACAUGAAUUUACAACCACAUUCCAGUGGAGCAGAAAGUGAAAAGUUCUGCUGGUUAGAUUUGCAGAUAGUCAACUUUGCACUCUCUCUUUCGAACCUCUCCCAAAUCCUUUUUUUAAAACUAAACUCACCCCCCACCCCACUUAAAAAAUAAAUUGGAAAAUAGCAGACCAUUGCUGCGAGGCCAGAAAAUGUUUUCCAAAAAAAUUAAUUGUAUGCAGAACUAAAAUAGCUUUAAUCUCCUAUAAAGAAGAGCUGCUUAAUCAGUAACCAAAACCUAAAGAUCUAUCGACAUGUGUAUCAAUUGAAUUUUAAUUUAAAAAACAACUCCUUCUUUAAUACUGGAGUGUCAGUCAUAGAAUCCGAAAGAUUUAUUAUAUUAUAUUUAUUAUCUUAUAUAUUAUAUAAGAUGUAUCAAUUGAAUUUUGAUUUAUACAAAACUCUGGAACAAUUAAAUACCUUCGUUUACAGUCCGAUCAGAGAACAUGGGAAAUAUAAAUGGCAUGUUAGAUUUGCAAACACGGUUUUACUGGUUGCGCUGUAAAGCUGAUGUACUGUAACGGUUAUUUUGUAGAGUUGAAAAGAAACACAAUGCUUGACUUAUAUUUUAUUUGCUUAUUCUUAAAUCAUUUUUAGGCAAGCUUAAACCAUCGGUGAUUCGACAAAGUUUGUGACAGUGUAAUAUUGUUUCAAUGGCCGAGCUUACAUGACGCUGAUACAAUUUCACGUAUAAACCUCCUCUUCAAAAAUGCACUGCGCGGCCCAUGUGUUUAGCCAAUUCAUUUGAAAAAAUGAAUAGUUAAACUUAUUAUUGGCGUAUAUUACACGUAUUCUUUAUGAGAACCUUUUAGGUAGAUUUUAACCUUCGCUAAUUGGAUAAUGGGUUAAGAAGCUGGAUAAAAGAAACCGGAUUAUCGGACCAUCAGGUUGUUUUAAUGAUUACUCUUAGCAGAUCUAUCAGGUCACUCUGCAGGGGACAAACCACGGUUUGCCUACAACGUCUAUCGAAUGACUUGUCGAAUAAGCAAAAAUAGGAGACUAAAGCAGUGUCAUAGCUCACUUGCGCGCUAUCUCUGAUGAGUUUAUGAGAAAGAAUUUCUCAAUCCAGUUCUGACACCAUUUCAUUGACCUUGAGAUUAAUUUGUAGGAUGCAUAGCAAAUUCCCAGCUUGUUAUUUUAUUAUCCGUUUCCAGCAGGCUUUAAAUUGCGGGAGACAAAAAGUAAAACGUUUUUUGGCGGGGAGAUGUUUAGUAUGGAGUCUCCGUCCUAGAGAAGUGAAUAAUAGCAAAAUAUAUAAUGUAAAAAAAUAUAUAUUAUAGGUGAAAAAACAGAAAGUAAACCAGUUAAUCUUGCCUUUAGUCGUAAUAGAAUUAUUUUGUAUGGCGAAAUACGUGAAAAAAUACACAGACGGAUAAAGUAAACAAAGCAAAAUGAAUGGCGACUUUUGAUGGCUACGAGGUUUAACGUUGUAAAAAUACUUUGUUCGGCUAGACAUGAAAUACAAUAAUAGUACUUGUGACCUCAGAUUGACUUUAGGUUAGGUCGCCAAAUUAAUUUGAAGAUUAUAUUUUUAUACAUUACAUGGAAAUUCACGGAAGGUCAGCGUUGAAAGAUGGUUAACUAAAUAUUCUUUUGCCAUGAUGUUUUGUUAUUCUCCUUUUUAUAGCAUAAUCGCAUUUCUCAUCUGUAAAUCAGUUACCAAGGUACAAUCUUAAGAAAUGUCCUUCAAUAGCUCUUCAUAAACCAAAAGCUUUUCGAACCCCGAAUGAAUUAGGUUAAUAAUCGAAAAUAAAACCGCUUGGCUCUCAUUCGAAAGGAACUAACUUGCUGUUUCCGAUUGGUUCAAUGAAAAGCCUCAAAAGACGCCAAAUAGAAUUAGUGUGAAAAAUUCAAGUAGUUGAAUCAAUUGAAGCAGGCCUCUCCAGCUUCGUGUUGGGUAAACGAGUGGAUAAAUGACUAUGUUUUAAGAUCUAAUCUCCUUCGUCGUUCUGCGGUGAGAUAUUCUCAUAUUUUACAGGCCGUUUUGCGAAGUUUUCGGUAAUAAUCUUUGUUCAACCAAUCACUAUGCCUAGCAUCUUGCCUUGAGAUGGAAUUCAAAAGAGCUGAAUUAUUAAUUCUCUUGCAUUUUUAAGCUCUUGUUAUUUUUAUAUAAGGUAUUCAAGAAAAUAAAGCCAUUCUAGCGGGAAAGGUUUGUGUUUUAGAGGAAAACAAUACAAAUUGUCGGAGUUGUAAACAACAGAGAAAAACUGAUCCUAGAGAGAGUUGGGAUGGUUAUCUUUUACUCCAUCGUAUCGCAUUAAUUAUGAUCUUUUCUUAAUUGUUGUAUAGAUCUAGGAGCUGCGAACUAAAAACAUUUUGUGUAUAGCGUAAAUCGAUUGGCCAAUUUGAGGCAACAAAUAUGCUGUACGCGAAAAUUUAUUGAGGAUUUGGAAGGUUGUUGGUACAUGAGCACCGUGAAAAAAGUCAGUGUCACUAAGAUGAACUAGUUAACGUGAUGAGGAGUUCUCUAUAUGGAAUCACUGGUGUGGCUACGAAAAGCAGUUUUCACCACUGUCAUGGGCACUGUAGAUUAUUGUUGUGAUCCGCGCCGAAUUGUGUUAAACAUCCGUGGCGAACGCUUUGAAACUUUUGAAAGAACCCUUGAACAGUUCCCGGAAACGCUUCUUGGAAGUGAAGAUCGCAGAAUGCCGUACUUCCGUCCAGAUUUACGCGAAUAUUACUUCGACAGGGAUAAAGUAUCGUUCGACGCGAUUUUAUUUUAUUAUCAAUCAAAUGGAAUAUUAGCGCGCCCGGAAAGUGUAUCAGAAGCGGUAUUCGAAAAAGAACUGGAAUUCUACGAUAUACACAUUGAGAAAGAAGAAAGCCCAGACAAGAAAUCUCACAACAUUGAAGAUCUCCCUAAAAUGAAAUGGCAAAGAAAAAUGUGGUUAUUUUUUGAUAAGCCUAAUUCCUCACGAUAUGCCACGUGGUUCGCUAAUAUGUCGAUGUUGGUCAUUAUUUUCUCGAUUGUAACAUUCUGUGUUGAGACGCUAGACGUUGACGCUUACGCGCGCUUUGAUAAAUCCACACAUUCCCAGAACUCAACAGCAAAUGCUCUUGGUUCUAAAUCAAGCAAACCUUUGCUCUGGUUCGUCAUAGAUACAUGUAUCAUCACUUGGUUUACGUCAGAGUAUAUUGCAAGGUUAAUAUCAGCACCGCAUAAACUCAAGUUCGUGUUCUCAACACUCGCACUGAUUGAUCUGAUAGCGAUUAUUCCCUACUUUAUCUCCCUAGGCUUGGACGCAGAUCAAACGCACGCUAUAACCUUUACUGUUCUAAGGAUAUUUCGUCUUUUGCGCGUCAUACGAUUACUUAAGCUUACUCGUUACGUUGCGGCUUUGAGAAUACUUGGCUAUACGAUACAAUCUUGCCAGGACCAACUCACCGCCCUGAUGUUCUUACUUCUGAUCUCUAUCAUCCUAUUCUCGAGUCUUAUGUACUAUUUGGAAAACGAGGAAAACCCCACGGAGUUCUACAGCAUUCCGGCGGCUUUUUGGUGGUGUAUCAUUACUAUGACUACUGUUGGAUACGGGGACACUUGUCCACGGACACCUUUUGGUCGACUCGUUGGCGCUUGUUGCGCUGUUUUCGGAGUGAUCGUUAUGGUGUGUUUACCAACACCCGUAUUUAUUUUACAUUUUAAUAACAUUUAUUGUAGAUUCUUGGGGAUAAAGCUACGGGAUAAGGGUUUAUCAGGGGACAUGAGGACUCCAAUCUCGACGACGUUGAAGGUUGUUCGUGUGGAGAGAAGAAAUAGUCUCACAGUACAUAUAGACACUCCUAAUCACCCGCUGCUACAGAGUGCAUAGGAAGUUUAAGCAACGACGAAGGCAACGGGAGAAAAAACUAACCCAAAACUUGGCGAAAUUCGAAGAAUUUGUCGCAAAAUUAACUCUGUUGGGAAACAUUCCAUCAUUAAAGCACGACGUUUCACGGUUUGUCGAUGAAGGUAACAUUCUUAUCUUUAUUCGCUAACAGAAACAAUGUGUCUUUAGCACAAAAACACUUUCUUGGUCAUGUUCUUCUUGCCGUCGUAAUUGUUCAAGUACCCUAAUAGCAGAUUUAAGAAGGCUAACAUCAAAUAAGAAAUUGACUUCCCUCUGGAAAGAAUUCAUUAUUCAAUUCAAUUCAAUAAGAGAUAUGCCGUUCCCUAAAAAAGAUGGUUCCGUCAUAAAGAUAGCAGUAAUAUAGAGAACUGGACGAGCUUGCAAGCAUACUUUUAUUUUGUUGUGCUCAAGUGUUCGCCAUCGCCGAAAAAAAAUAGUCCCCAGCCCGAUAUAAAA